AUGUCGUCACAGUCGGAUCACCCCACACUGCUCAUUCCGGGCCCCAUUGAGUUCGAUGAUGCCGUCCUCAACUCCAUGAGCCACUACAGCGAGAGCCAUGUCGGCCCGGCAUUUGUUUCCGUCUUCGGCGAAGUCCUCUCGGGCCUCCGCAAACUCUUCCAGUCCACCGACCCGGCCGCUCAGCCGUUUGUUAUCUCCGGCUCCGGUACCCUUGGCUGGGACAUUGUCGGUGCCAACCUGAUCGAGAAGGGCGAGGCCGCCCUCGUCCUCGGCACGGGCUACUUCAGCGACGGCUUCGCCAACGCCCUCCGCACCUACGGCGCUGAUGUCACGGAGCUCAAGGCUCCCGUCGGCAGUCGCCCCCAGCUGCCCGACAUCGAGGCCGCCCUCAAGGCGAAGCAGUAUAAGCUGCUGACCGUCACGCACGUCGAUACCUCCACCGGCGUCCUGAGCGAGCUCCGCAACCUGUCCGAGCUCGUCCACCGCGUCUCGCCGGACACGCUCGUCAUUGUGGACGGCGUGUGCUCGGUCGCCUGCGAGGAAAUUGCCUUUGACGACUGGAAGCUGGACGGUGUCGUCACGGCCAGCCAGAAGGCCAUUGGCGUCCCCGCUGGGCUGUCCAUCUCCUUCUUCAGUGGCCGCGCCCUCCGGGCUGUGGAAAGCCGCAAGACGCCGCCCGCCGCGUACUAUGCGUCGACCCAAAACUGGCUGCCGAUUAUGAGAAACUACGAGGCCAAGAAGCCGUCCUACUUUGCGACGCCGUCCCCCCAGCUCGUUCACGCCCUCCACACCUCCCUGGGCCAGAUCCUCUCUGUGCCCCUGGCGGAGCGCUUCGCCAAGCACAAGGCGGCCUCGGACAGGAUCAAGGCCGCCAUCACCAGCCUGGGCCUGAAGCAGGUCGCCUCGAAUCCCGAGGACCAGGCGCACGCCAUGACCGCCAUCUACCUGCCGGAGUCGAUCCAGAUCGCGCAGAUCCUGCCCAGCCUGGGCAAGAAGAACGUUGUCUUUGCCGGCGGCAUCCACAAGGAAAUUGCCACCAAGUACAUUCGUUUUGGCCACAUGGGUGUCAGCAUUCUGGAGCCCGAGAGAGGCCACGUCGAGCGUGCCCUCAAGGCGCUCGAGGAGAGUUUGGCCGAGUUUGGUUACCAAAAAGCGUAG